GUCACUCAGCGUUAGUUUGCUAGAUGUAAUCUAAACUUCAUAAAACCCCUGUUUAAUCAGUACUGUUUGUUUAUUUGCUGUUUAGCUCGUUUAAUUUAAGCCAUGUCGGACACAUGGAGUCACAUCCAGGCGCACAAAAAGCAGCUGGAUUCACUACGAGAGAGGCUGCAGAGGAGAAGAAAAGACCCAACUCAACUGGGCACUGAGGUUGGAAGUGUUGAGAGUGGAUCUGCAAGAAGUGACAGCCCGGGACCAGCAAUUCAGAGUCCUCCACAAGUAGAAGUUGAGCAUCCUCCAGACCCAGAGCUAGAGAAGAGGCUGCUGGGAUACCUCUCUGAACUGAGCCUUUCCCUGCCAACUGAUUCCCUAACGAUCACCAACCAGCUAAAUACAUCUGAGUCUCCAGUUUCCCAUUCCUGCAUUCAAAGUCUCCUUCUUAAAUUUUCUGCUCAAGAGCUUAUUGAAGUUCGGCAGCCAUCCAUCACCUCCUCUUCGUCCUCCACCCUCGUCACGUCAGUCGACCAUACCAAACUAUGGGCUAUGAUUGGCAGCGCAGGCCAGUCACAGAGAACUGCCGUUAAAAGGAAAGCAGACGACAUCACUCAUCAAAAAAGAGCCCUGGGCUCCUCCCCUUCGAUUCAAGCACCGCCUUCUCCUCCAAGGAAAUCCUCAGUCUCAUUGGCUACUGCCUCAAUCUCGCAACUCACUGCAUCCUCUGGGGGAGGAGGGGGUGGAGCUGAUAAAAAGGGGCGGAGCAAUAAGGUGCAAGCAUCUCACCUGGAUAUGGAGAUUGAAAGUCUACUGAGCCAGCAAUCCACUAAGGAACAGCAAAGCAAAAAGGUGAGCCAAGAGAUCCUAGAGCUGCUGAAUACCAGUUCAGCAAAAGAACAGUCGAUUGUGGAGAAGUUUCGCUCACGAGGCAGAGCUCAAGUUCAGGAGUUCUGUGAUUAUGGAACCAAAGAAGAGUGUGUGCAGUCGGGGGACACUCCUCAGCCCUGCACCAAGCUGCACUUCAGGCGAAUCAUCAACAAACACACAGAUGAGAGCCUUGGCGACUGCUCCUUUCUAAACACUUGCUUCCACAUGGACACCUGUAAAUAUGUGCACUAUGAGAUUGACAGUCCUCCUGAAGCAGAGGGAGAUGCACUGGGGCCACAGGCAGGGGCAGCUGAGCUUGGGCUGCACUCUACUGUGGGAGACAGCAAUGUGGGCAAGCUGUUUCCUUCCCAGUGGAUUUGCUGUGACAUUCGUUAUCUGGAUGUGUCCAUCCUGGGGAAGUUUGCAGUGGUGAUGGCUGACCCGCCGUGGGAUAUUCACAUGGAGCUUCCCUACGGAACACUCACAGAUGACGAGAUGAGGAAGCUCAACAUUCCUAUUCUGCAGGACGACGGUUUCCUCUUCCUCUGGGUGACAGGAAGGGCUAUGGAGCUAGGCAGAGAGUGUUUAAGCUUAUGGGGCUAUGAUCGUGUAGAUGAAAUUAUCUGGGUGAAAACCAACCAGCUCCAGAGAAUCAUUCGUACUGGAAGGACUGGACAUUGGCUGAAUCAUGGCAAAGAGCAUUGCUUGGUUGGAGUGAAAGGAAACCCACAAGGAUUUAAUCGAGGCCUUGACUGUGAUGUUAUAGUGGCAGAGGUCCGUUCCACUAGCCAUAAACCAGAUGAGAUCUAUGGAAUGAUUGAGCGCCUGUCUCCAGGCACACGAAAGAUUGAAUUGUUUGGCAGGCCACACAAUGUACAACCUAACUGGAUAACUCUUGGUAAUCAGCUGGACGGCAUUCACCUUUUAGAUCCGGAAGUUGUUGCUCGUUUUAAGAAACGCUACCCUGAUGGAGUCAUUUCUAAGCCUAAAAACAUGUAAGAACUGGGCUAGUGGGAGAACACACUGUUGGUUAAACUCAAGACUUAUUGAUGCUUUCUAGUUACUUUUGUACUACAUUUCUUUUGUAAUAAAAUCGAUGAAACACA